AUGGGGUGCAUGCUGUCGGUGGGCCGCGACGGCAGCGAGGACGACCACGGCGUGAUGAAGAGCCUGCGCCUGAGGGAGGAGGCGAUCACAGAGGGGCGGGGGAGGCUGAGCAAGGCGCCGCCCGACGCCCCCAAGGCGGCGACCGCGGACCUGGCGUUCAUCGAGAAUGCGCUCAGCAAGCUGCUCCUCUUCAACCACUUGGAGCCUUCAGUUCAGACCAAAAUUGUGGCAGAGAUGUAUGAGCAGCAAGUGCCUGCCGGGGACAUUUUGAUCAAGGAAGGUGACACCGGCCUUGGGUCAAGCGAGCUGUAUGUUGUGAAGAGUGGCAAAUUUGAGGUCCGUGAGAACAGGCAGGGGAUCAGCAUGCGAGUCAACCUGAAGGAGCCUGGCGACUGCUUUGGGGAGCUGUCUCUCAUGUACAACUGCCCAAGGUCUGCGACAGUGGCUGCCACAACAGAUGCUGUUGUGUGGAUUCUCGACAGAGAUGUUUUCAGGCACUUUGUCCGCGAGGGCAAAAAGAGUGAGGCCACCCAGAUCGAGCUCUUCCUCAACAGCGUGCCACUUCUGUCCUCCCUGAAUCGAGAGGAGAAGCUGCGCCUGGCAGACGCCCUCACACGGCUGAGCUUUGAGGCAGGGAGCACGGUCAUUAAACAGGGCGACCCCGGGGAUUUCUUUUACAUAAUAAAGGAGGGGGAGGCGGUGGUGUACCAGAACAGUCAGAAUGGAAUGGUGAAGGUUAACCACUUGUUCAAGGCUGAUUUUUUUGGAGAGAGGGCGCUCCUUUGCGAUGAGCCGAGGGCAGCCAGUGUCGAGGCUAUUACAGAUCUGACGUGCCUGGCCCUGAACCGUGACACCUUCGUUGACAUCUUGGGGCCCCUGGAGGACCUCAUGAAGCGGGAAAAGUCGCCAGAAGUUGUCACCACACGCCUCCUGCAGCUGGAGACCAAGGCGCCCAGCCACGUGCCAGCGGAGGUCAAUGUGAGGCGCCUGAAGCGGUUGAGGCAUGGAGCAGAGACAUGGGAGAUGGUGCGAGCAAAGGGGCACUUGGAUGAGAUCAGGGAACUGAGGAAGGGAGGGGUGAAGCUGGGAGAUGAUGAACAUGACUCGAAGGGCAGCUUGCUGCUGACAGAGGGGCGUAUAUUGGGAGGAGGUGCAUUCAGCAGGGUAUCCAUUGUCACAGAGGAGACAACGGGCAGGACGUACGCCAUGAAGCGCAUGCGCAAGUCGGGCGUGGUGCAAUGCCCCGAGCACGUGUUUUGUGAGCAGACCAUCACACGCAACGUUGCCCACCCCUUCUGCAUCCGGCAGUAUGCAUCAUUCCAGGACAAGUACCACCUCUACUUUCUGUUCGACCAGAUGUCUGGUGGUGACCUGAUGGAUGUGCUUGUUGCGGAGGCAAAGGUGAUAAGGCGCCGCACGGCCCAGGGCACAUGGCGGCGCGGCUGCCUGGCUCCCAAGAUUAAAAUGCUGCAGGGCAUGCGGGAGCCACUGGGGCGGUUCUACAUCGCGAGCGUGGUGCUCGCUCUGGAGUACCUGCACAGCCAGAACAUCGUGUAUCGGGACCUCAAGCCUGAGAACGUGUUCAUUGAUGACAAGGGGUACAUCAAACUUGGUGACUUUGGAUUCGCCAAGGCCUUGGACAGCGGCAAUCGCACCUACACCUUCUGCGGUACGCCUGGUUAUGUGGCCCCUGAAAACGUCCUCGCUCACGGCUACAACUUCAGCGUGGACUGGUGGGGUCUGGGGGUGCUUCUGUACGUGCUGCUGACCGGAAGGCAGCCUUUCAACAGCCCCAAGACGGACGACCCAAUGGUGGUCAUGAGGCGGAUAGUCGACGACAGUUGGAGCAUCAAAUACCCGCCCUACCUGUCGCCCGCUGCCAAGGACCUGAUACAGCGGCUGCUGGAGCGCAAGCCCGCCCGGCGGCUCGGCAUGCUCAGCGGCCGGUCCAACGACAUCAAGCGCCACCGCUGGUUUGAGGGCUUCGACUGGGAGUCGCUGGAGGCUCGCCGCAUGACGCCGCCCAGGAAGCCCAGGGACGACUCCAUGAAGCGCCUCAAGGAGCUGGAGGACAGUGAGAAGCGGUCGCCGCAGCGGUUCAAGGAGACGCCCGAGGAGAUGCAGGAGUGCGAGAUGGUGUUCGCAGACUUCUAG